GCGUGAUUUUCUUAUCAGUUUUAUCUUAAUACCUUAAGUUAUAUAAAUUGUCGUUAUAAUUUUCUCGCGGAAGGCUACCUUGGAGGUAUGACCGUAAAGCGACAAACGUCUUGAAGUAAAUUAUAUACAUCCACUUAAAAUUCUGACGUUCAACGCAGAUGACUCCAAGUAAAUACUGUAUUGCGAAUUGCGGUGACAGGUAGACGUUAAUUUUGUUACCUUCAUUCGGUUCUCUAAGGAUUACGAUUUAAAAUGUGUGACAAUAAAACAGAUGAUAUAAAACCGGAUUACAAUCCAUUCGAACAUCGGAAAGUGGAAAAACCAAGUUCAGAUGUAAGAUCGACUACAAACCUAAUCAAAGCCUCUUUAGGUUCAGGACUUUUAGCUGGUCCCUUGGCGUUCGCGAACGCGGGAUGGGGCGUCGGUAUAGUCGGCACUAUAAUUAUUGGCAUCAUCUGUGGACACUGUGUGCACAUACUGGUAAAAACUUCACGAGGCUGUUGCAAAUUGGAACGAAAACCUUUACUCGGUUACGCAGAGACCGCUGAAAGUGUAUUUAUAAAUGGACCGAAAAAAAUUAGACCUUUUGCGAAUUUUGCCAAAAUAUUUAGUGAAUUCGCUUUGGUCGCGACAUAUGUUGGUGUAUGUUGUAUUUACAGCGUGCUCAUAUCAGAUUCUAUUAAACAACUGAUCGAUAGAUAUGUUCCGUCUGUAAUUUUACCAGUAGAAUAUUACUGCCUUAUCAUUUUAGGUCCCAUAUGCGUACUCUGUCAGGUUAGAUAUCUAAAAUGGCUUGCGGUAUUCUCAUUUCUGGCUAACAUAUUUCUUAUGUUGACGUAUUUGAUCUGCUUGUACUAUAUCUUCGGCAGCGAAAUCACUUUAGCCGAUAAAAGGAUAGCCGGCGAUCCAUGGAGGUUCCCAGCGUUUGUAUCGACUGUAAUAUUCGCAAUGGAAGGCAUAGGCGUUGUGAUGCCGGUAGAGAACGCAAUGAAGAAACCCCAGCACUUCCUCGGCUGUCCAAGCGUGCUCGUUGUCGCCAUGACAGCUAUCGUAUUCUUCUAUAGUACUCUCGGCUUAUUCGGAUACUUCAGAUACGGAGAUGUCCUUAGAGGAUCGAUUACAUUAAAUCUACCUAUGGAUGAUUGGCCCGCAAUUUGUGCCAAAGCUUUCAUUGCUUUAUCUAUUUUCUUCACCUACCCACUUCAGUUCUACGUUGUGUUUGAUAUUUUCAAAAAACACACCGAUCGAUACAUCAAAGACGAUUAUCGCAACGUGACCGAGGUGUUCGCCAGAAUUGUGGGCGUUGGAUUUUGUGUUGGAAUCGGUAUUGCCUUACCUUUACUGGAGCAGAUUAUAAACAUCGUGGGUGCUUGCUUCUAUUCGAUACUCGGCCUCAUAAUUCCAGCCACUUUGGAGACGGUCUUCCGAUGGGAGAAACUCGGCAAAUUUAAAUGGGUCCUAUGGAAGAAUUUGAUAAUUAUAUUAUUCGGCUUUGGUACAUUAAUAUCUGGUUGUACAGUCACCGUACUCGAUAUUAUUGAAAUAUUAAAAAGAAAAACUGUCUAGAAUUUAGAAAUGAAUCUCGUAAGCUUUAAGUGUAUACCUUAAGGAAGUAUAAUUAAGCGUUACUUAAGACAAAUAUUGUGAUAACAUUAUCUUAGUUUUCUAUAACAACUGGAAACAGAAAUUAAUUUCCAAUAUACGAGUGCUCAGUGAAAUAUGAAUACAGCUUACAAAGUGUAGACGUGAUGUAAAGCAUGGAAGAUUUUAAUUACAUUUUUUUAACUUAUUUUAGUAAGUUAUAACUUAUUUUAGAUACAAGUUAAAUAAAAA